AAACUCACUUUUUAGGGAAGCUCUCAAAGUUUUCGUGUAAUUAGGCGCAGUAGGCUUGAGGUGCCACAUCACAAAAUAUGGAAUUUAUGCGGAGGAAAAUGAAGACUAUUGUUUUUAUGAAUGCACUUGUAACGGUUAUCUGGUGUGCCUCUCCGCGCUGCAACCCUGAAGACGAAUUUCUCGGUCGUUUUUGCAAAGAACCAGAACCUGAAAAACCCAAGUGCGUGGACAUCAUGAUGAACUACUGCGACGACAUGUCCUACACCCACACCAUGUUCCCCAACAUCCUGGGCCACAGGACCCGUGAGGAGGCCGAGCUGGGCCCCGAGUACCUCCUCCUCAGUGUGGUCCACAACCUGCUCAAUGGAGAGUGCACCCCGGACAUCCGCAUGCUGGGCUGCUCAGUGCUGGUGCCACGCUGUGAGAAGGAGAAAGUGCUCAAGCCGUGCAGGAGUACCUGCGAGGCGGUGCGUAAGAGCUGUCGCCACGCCUUCGAGGGCAUCGAGAUGGCCUGGCCCUACUUCUUGGACUGUGACCGUUUCUUUGUCAGCGACCAGGAGGGUUGUUACGACCCACUGGAGGGCCUACGAGUGACACAAGAAGAAGACCAGGCCAGUAUAGACAAUUCCCCUGAGGAGCCUCAUACUGUCAUCCAGUUUAGCUAUCAGUCUAACACCCAGAUGAACAGCAUCCUGAAGAAGACUGCAGCGCAAUGCCCCGAAAUCGCCACAACUUACAGCAUCGGCCGCAGUGUGGAGGGCAAAGACCUGCUAGUGAUUGAGUUCUCAAACAACCCUGGAGUACAUGAAUUACUUGAACCGGAGAUGAAGUACAUAGGCAACAUGCACGGGAACGAGGUGCUGGGUCGCCAGCUGUUGAUCUAUCUGACCCAGUACCUGUGUUCAGAGUACCUGCUGGGGAACCAGCGCAUCCAGAGCCUGAUCAACACCACGCGUAUCCACAUCCUGCCCUCCAUGAACCCUGACGGCUAUGAGUUGGCUGCUGCUGAGGUCCAGGGCACCAACGACCCCGAGAAUGAGGAGGCUCAGAACUACUACAGCUGGACGCUGGGUCGAGGUAAUGCCCAAAACAUUGACCUGAACAGGAACUUCCCUGACCUGACCGCUGUCGCCUACGGCCGCCGCAGACACCGGCAUUUCCGUAGCGACCACAUCCCAAUCCCAGACGCUUACUGGUUUGAUAAGGUAGCUCCAGAGACAUACGCAGUCAUGAAGUGGAUCAGGUCCAUUCCCUUUGUGCUCUCAGCUAACUUCCACGGAGGAGAGCUGGUGGUGUCCUAUCCCUACGACCUCUCCAAACACCCACUAGAGGAGAAGAUGUUCUCCCCCACGCCAGACGAACAGGUAUUUAAGCAGAUAGCGAGAACAUAUGCAGAUGCCCAUGCCACCAUGUCAGGAAAUAACUCUGAAAGGUGUGGGAGCUUUGGCAGCAUCGGCCAGGACGGAAUCAUUAAUGGAGCAAAGUGGUACAGUUUCGCAGGUGGUAUGCAGGACUUCAACUACCUCCACACUAACUGUUUGGAAGUGACGGUGGAGUUGGGCUGUGAUAAAUUCCCAGCUGAGGAGGAGUUAUACACAGGCUGGCAGGACAACAAAGAGGCUCUGCUCACAUUCAUGGAGUCGGUCCACCGUGGAAUAAAGGGAAUAGUAAAGGAUGCGGAUGGGAAUGGAAUCAAAGGUGCAAGGAUAUCUGUCCGAGGAAUAAGGCAUGACAUCACAACAGCUGAAAACGGAGACUACUGGCGCAUGCUAACUGCUGGAAUCCACAUCCUGACUGCCUCUGCACCAGGCUACACCAGGGCCAUGAAGAAGAUCCACCUCCCGGCACGCAUGCAGAAAGCAGGCCGGGUGGACUUUGUUCUGCAGAAGGCAGUGGUGGAGCCUGACAUAGAGGAGGACUAUAACAUCCCUUCCAUGGGAACCUAUGAGCGCUUUGACCCCUACAACCAGUUUGAGCGCUAUUCCAUUAGGGAGCAGAACCAGAACAGAGAGGAGAGGCAGGAGAAACCAUGGUGGUGGAGCUACUUUAGCCGCGCCCACGGAUCUGCUCCCACCUGGCUUCUCAGAAUUGAUUAGAGCUUCUCCACUCCAAUAAAAUAGAAUAUUCUAUGGCUAAUUCUAUGGCUCUCGUUCCUCCUAUAGCCCUCUUUCUCAACUCUGGUCCCUGAGUACCAUCAAGGUUUGUAGAUGUCUGUUACAACUCAAUACUAGCAAACAUAAUUCAAUUCAUCAAUGGCUUGAUAAUUAGUUGAAUCAUGUGUGCCUGUAUAGGGCUUGAAUAAAAAAUUUGCAACCCUGGGGUUUCUCGGGGACCAGAUUUGAGAACACUGCAUUACAGGAUCAAAGACAGGCUACUAUUUGAGUUGAAUAUGAUUUACAUAAUCUUAUUCUAAAAGUAACACAUUUUAACGUUACCAUUAUUAUCCGUUGCUUCAAACUUGUCAUAACUGAAUUUAAAGAGGAAAUAGCUAGUUGGCUGGCCAUCAAGUUGUUCAUGAUAGCAAUAUGUAAAUUUAACAAGGCAUAGUUAAUUUAAAGUGUUUUCUCCUAAAGGUAGCCCCCAUUCUCAAGCUUUUGCCCUGUUAUGCUGCUUCACUUUAUGCCCAUAAUGCAACACCGGAAGGUUGAACGACUCCAUUUUACCAUUUGUCUCUCCACCCUCACAUAUUUGUACAUGUUUAUAAUAAAACAUGAUUAAAUAACAAUAACUAUUGCUACUACUGGCUUUUUGUAUGUUAAAUAAAAGAGAGAAACAUUGUUAACACAUUCUCUUCAGUUAAAUUUGACCUCCCUUUAAAUCUUCCAAAAUGAGGUAAGUUCAAUUCUUAUAACACUGUAAAGUAUCUAAUUCUCAGACAGUCACAGUUCCACUUUACAAUAAGUGUUCCCUAAAAUGUGUCUACAUGGUAGUAAAUGGGUCCCUAGUCUCUUUAAAAGAUGUAAUGAAACUCAUUGGCCAUAAGAGGGCAGCCUAAUUUCACUUGUUGUUGCCCAUGCUACAUAUUCAACUGAACUGCCAUCCCAGGCAAGACAACCAUUCCAGCCAACCCCAUACUGCAUCCCCCCUCUCUACCACACGACCACGUAUAGCAUCUGUUAAAGUAGAACCAGAGGCAGUGAUAUGUCAGUCUGUGGUACCAGUCAACCGUGCUUUAUGAACUAGAAAGUGUGUCAUUUCAUAUAGCGCUCGGCAUCAAUUUACUCUUGUGGCUCUAGUUGUUAUCUUCAGUAUUUGUCUUACAUUUUACCUAGAUAUGAAUUGAUCUGAAACAAAAUGUUCAGUCAUGUCUUGUAAUGUAAUUGAUGUUAAGUAAUUGAUGUUAACUUGUGAAUAUCAUUAAGGUAACCCCUUAACAGGUAUGCCAACACUGCCUGUUCCUUGAAAGAAGAGAACAAUCUCCUUUGCUAAUGGUAAAGGAUGCUGUAUAGGCUUGCAAUAGCUUACAUUAUUUAAUACCAAUGGACACCACUCCAGAGUAUUCAGCUAGCAAUGAGAAUAAAUGCUUUCUUCAAUCUCCCCUACAUACAUUUGAGCUGAUGUUCAGUUAUGAUUAGUAAACGGAGGUCUAAUCUGAU